AUGCAGCUACCCGCAGCAAGUCCAUGCCAGAGUCGGCCCCGGCAAGUCUCCACGGGUGGGCGUUGUGCUUGGACGCUGCAGCGAUCCCUCCCCUCCACCACCACGGCACAACCAACGUCCUCCCCCGACGCCACCGCCCUUGCGCCCGCCCACGCCCACGCAACGCCACCCCAGCUGCGCAUCGCCAACGAGCUCACCACUGCGAGCGCCAUCCUCUUCGACCCGCAGCACACCAGCCGCCCGCCGCCCAGCAAGCUCCGCCCGACCCACGCCGGCACGCUCUCUGUUGCCAACCGCACCGACUCGUCCAUCAGCGUCCGCAACCUCGGCGGCGGCCAGACAGCGCCUUUCGCCGCGACCAUGGACAACCGCAGGCACCCCAGCUCCUUCCAGCAGCUGGAGAAGCUGGGCGAGGGCACCUAUGCAACGGUGUUCAAGGGCCGCAACCGCCAGACGGGCGAGCUCGUGGCGCUAAAGGAGAUCCACCUCGACUCAGAAGAAGGCACCCCAUCGACGGCUAUCCGUGAGAUAUCCCUUAUGAAGGAAUUGAAGCACGAGAACAUCGUCCUGCUGCACGACGUCAUUCACACCGAGAACAAGCUGAUGCUGGUCUUCGAGUACAUGGACAAGGACCUCAAGAAGUACAUGGAUGCGCGCGGCGACCGGGGCGCUCUCGACCCCCCCACCAUCAAGUCCUUCAUGUACCACUUGCUCCGAGGCAUCGCCUUCUGCCACGAGAAUAGGGUCUUGCACCGCGACCUCAAGCCGCAGAACCUGCUCAUCAACACCCGAGGCGUGCUCAAGCUGGCCGAUUUUGGUCUUGCCCGAGCCUUUGGCAUUCCCGUGAACACUUUCUCCAACGAGGUCGUCACACUAUGGUAUCGCGCGCCCGAUGUCCUACUUGGCAGCCGAACCUACAGCACCAGUAUCGACAUCUGGUCCGCGGGCUGCAUCAUGGCCGAGAUGUAUACCGGCAGACCCCUUUUCCCAGGAACCACCAACGAGGACCAGCUCCAGAAGAUCUUCCGCCUUAUGGGCACGCCUUCGGAACGCUCAUGGCCCGGCAUCUCGCAAUUUCCCGAAUACAAGGCUAACUUCCCUGUAUACGCGACCCAAGAUCUGCGCCUGAUCCUGCCCCAGAUCGACCAAGUCGGCUUGAGCCUCCUCAACAGCAUGCUCCAACUGCGGCCCGAGAUGCGGAUAUCGGCUUCUGCCGCCCUCAACCACCCCUGGUUCAACGACCUGCCGCAACGGCAGCAGCAGCAUGCUCAGGCCAUGGCCGCCGCGCAGGCACAGGCUCAACAGGCUCAGAUGGGAGGCUACCAAGUUCCGCAAGGUGCCUACUGA